GCACCCGGUAAUCCGGUGGUCCCAACCGUCGCGUUUAUCCGAUCUCCUCGUUCCCUGCCGAUCCCCUCUUCUUGUACCUGAUGUAACUCCAUCUCCCUCGAAGUUUUGCUCCAAGUUGCCGCGCUUCCAUACGAUCGGUUCAGGGUUUACUAAGAGACCACGAAUCCUCCGAAGGUUCAGUGCGAAACACGCUCUCGAACUCGAAGGAUCCUUCGACUUCUUCAUCCUUUGAUCCCCCACUUGGCUACGACUGCACGGAGAACGUAAGAAGACACAGGAAAGAGAUACUUUCCCUCCCUGUUGGUACUCGCGAGUUCUUCACGCGAUAUCAUACGACGAGGAACGAUCUAGCGUGUUCAAUUUUCAUCUCGAUGAACGACGAUCGCGUGGAUCGUGGGUCGUUUCUACCGGGUCUUGAAAUCGCGAAGAAUUCCUACGAAUUUCUUGGAGGAUAUUGAGAAAGAAAUAACAGAAGAAUCGACGGGAUGAUCGACAGGACGUGGUUGCCGGUCCUUUUCGGACUGCUGGGACUCUGUUAUGGCUUGCAAUGCCCGAAACAGAAGGUAUCGCCAGGCAGGGAGGUGGUCUGCUACACUUCCGUUUCCGACGUCGACCGAUUGACCGAGGCCGUUUGCAAAUGCACCACUCUGGUGCAGCAAGGCUAUGACGUGCGAAAUCUUUCGAUUUCCGAAUUCGAAAAUUUUCGAAAAUCAUUGAAAGAGAUCAGUCCAACUCUCCAAUUCGUUAUUUCUAUUGAUGAUCCUGGAAAGACACUGAGAACUUCCGGUACAGUUCGUCAAGAGAUCACCGCUCGUUUGAUCGGUAUUUUGAAAGAGGUCGAUGGAAUCGAACUGAACAUGACUGCAGGUUCCAAAGAACGUUUGGUGCAUUUUGCAAAGGGAUUGAAGGACGAAAUGGUGAGAAAAUCCUAUGACACAAGGAUUUUCAUGGCUCUCCCUACCAAACCAGAAGAAUUGGCAAAACAGUUCGAUCUGAAAGAACUAUCCAAGUACGUGGACCUAUUUACAAUCCCCACAGACCAUCUGGUCGAAGAUGACGCAGCCUAUCACACCUUUCAUCCUUCACGAUUGAUGGGUCUGUUCGACAUGUCCAACGCGGACAACUUGAUCGACUUAAUAAGCGGAUUGGGAGUGCCAAAGAGGAAAAUCUUAAUGUCACUGCCAUCCAGCGCGUACGAGUUCACUUUAAAGGAUCAGGACGAUAACGCUCCAAGGGCACCCACUGAAAAUAUGCAACCGGUUAUCAUUGAUCAGAAACAGCUAUGCGAUUUGAUGAAACAAGGGGAAUGGACGGUUGAAAGGGACGAAGAUCUUACUGCACCUUAUGCAUUUAAAAAUAAAACUUGGAUCGCUUUUGAGGAUAAAAUUUCAGUUGGCAUAAAGGGGAAAUAUGUAUUGCUUCGCGAACUACCUGGACUUGCUAUAAGGGAUGUAGAAAAUGACUCCAAAACGAAAUGUGGCAUGCCUCUUACGUAUGAAAUCAAUCAUUCUUUCAUGGAUUUCAAGAGGAAAUCGAGGGCUGCUGUUUUGAAUGCUUUGGAAGAUGAAUUGCAUCAAACCCAACUAUCUUACCCAACUCAAGUUAAAUCGUCCGAUUUUCGGGUUGUCCGUGUCGUGGACACCGAAGGGCACAUUCGAGUAGUUCGUGAAAAUACUCAGACUGAAUUCACUUGCAACAGACAGGGCUACUUUGUUCAUCCAAAGAGUUGCAAUAGAUUUUAUCGUUGUGUUAAAUUCAACCAAGAAGUCGAAGACUACUCUGUCUUCGAAUUUGACUGUCCAGCUGGUUUAGCCUUUGAUGAGACCACAGAGGUUUGCGUCUGGCCAGGAUCGUUAUCUCAAGGAUCUCCAUGUCCUGGAAGUAGCGAAAUUGCACCUGUAACUCGAGUAAGAUUCGAAUGUCCUUCAACCCCUGGAUACUACGCCGAUCCACAAAAUCCACGAUGGUUCUUCGCCUGCAUAGACUUAGGAGGCCCACAUAUGAUGGCAUACGAAUUCCGUUGUCCAUUCAGUCUUAUCUUCGACGAACAUAAGCUGGCGUGUGAGUGGCCUUGGUUAGUAGAAGGUUACUCUGGCACUGGCUAUACAAGAACUGAAUAUGGCAAUAGUGGAUAUGGUACUGGGUCCACUCCGGGUACUGGUGGAUACUAUACUGGAGCAUUGCCUGAUGGAUAUUCGGGAACAACAGGUGGAUAUGGAGGUGGAUCAGGAUACCAAGGUGGAGCUGGAUCUGGAUCUCAAGGCGGAGCCGGACAUCAAGGUGGAGUUGGAUAUCACGGUGGAGCUGGAUCUGGAUCUCAAGGCGGAGCAGGAUAUCAAGGUGGAGUUGGAUCCCAAGGUGGAGCUGGAUACCAAGGUGGAGCUGGAUACCAAGGUGGAUCAGGAUAUCAAGGUGGAGCAGGGUCCCAAGGUGGAUCAGGAUAUCAAAGUGGAGCAGGAUACCAUGGUGGAGCUGGAUCCCAAGGUGGAGCAGGAUACCAAGGUGGAGUUGGAUCCCAAGGUGGAGCUGGAUACCAAGGUGGAUCAGGAUAUCAAGGUGGAGCAGGAUCCCAAGGUGGAGCAGGAUCUCAAGGUGGAGCAGGAUACCAAGGUGGAUCAGGAUAUCAAGGUGGAGCAGGAUACCACGGUGGAGCUGGAUCCCAAGGUGGAGCAGGAUACCAAGGAACAACAGGAUAUCAUGGUGCAGGUGGUGCUGAAUCGACUGGAACAAUAGGUAAAGGUUCAGGAUUUUCUGGAGCAGCUGGUGUUGGCUAUUCUGGCUCAACUGUAACUGGAGGGUAUCAAGGAUCGACUGGUGGAGCUCAUGGUGGAUCUGGAAUAAGUUAUACUGGAACCACUGCUGGGGGAUAUCAAGGAUCUGGUGCUCAUGGAGGAUCUGGAACACAAUAUACUGUAUCUACGGGAGGAGAAUAUCAAGGACCAACUGGCGGAGCUCACGGUGGAUCUGGAAUAAGUUAUACUGGAUCUGCUACUGGCGGAUAUCAGGGAUCUGGUGCUCAUGGAGGAUCUGGAACACAAUACACUGUAUCUACGGGAGGAGAAUAUCAACGUCCAACUGGUGGCGUUCAUGGUGGAUCUGGAAUAAGUUAUACUGGAACCACUGCUGGCGGAUAUCAGGGAUCUGGUGCUCAUGGAGGAUCUGGAACGCAAUACGCUGGAUCUACGGGAGGAGAAUAUCAAGGACCAACUGGUGGUGCUCAUGGUGGAUCUGGAAUAAGUUACACAGGAGCGACUGCUGGAGGAUAUACAGGAUCAACAAGCAGUGCCCAUGGAGGAUCUGGAACGCAAUACACUGGAUCUGCUGCUGGAGGAUAUGCAGGAUCAACAAGCAGUGCCCAUGGAGGAUCUGGAACGCAAUACACUGGAUCUGCUACUGGCGGAUAUCAGGGAUCUGGUGCUCAUGGAGGAUCUGGAACGCAAUACACUGGAUCUGCUGCUGGAGGAUAUGCAGGAUCAACAAGCAGUGCCCAUGGAGGAUCUGGAACGCAAUACACUGGAUCUGCUACUGGCGGAUAUCAGGGAUCUGGUAUUCAUGGAGGAUCUGGAACGCAAUACACUGGAUCUGCUACUGGCGGAUAUCAGGGAUCUGGUAUUCAUGGAGGAUCUGGAACGCAAUACACUGGAUCUGCUACUGGCGGAUAUCAGGGAUCUGGUAUUCAUGGAGGAUCUGGAACGCAAUACACUGGAUCUACGGGAGGAGAAUAUCAAGGACCAACUGGUGGCGCUCAUGGUGGAUCUGGAAUAAGUUACACAGGAGCGACUGCUGGAGGAUAUACAGGAUCAACAAGCAGUGCCCAUAGAGGAUCUGGAACGCAAUACACUGGAUCUGCUGCUGGAGGAUAUGCAGGAUCAACAAGCAGUGCCCAUGGGGGAUCUGGAACGCAAUACACUGGAUCUACUGCUGGAGGAUACACAGAAUCAGGUGUUUAUGUUGGUUCAACUGAACACGGAGCUGUAACUGAAGGUUACCGUGGAUCUGGAGUAAAAGGAAGCCAUGCUGGUUCUCCUGGAGCCCAAUAUCCAGGACCUUCUUACGGAACAGCAUCGCCAGGAUUUUCUGGAGGAGUUGAUUAUUCAGCUUCACCUACUGGACAAACAGGAACAAAGUAUUCUGGAUAUGAUAUAGGAGGCAUAGGUGGAUCCUCGGCACAUGGUCAAACGUUUGGUACUUCUGGAAGUGGAACACAAUACUUUGGAGCAACUGGUAGUCAUGGACAAAUACCUGAAUCUACUUACGUACAAAAACCUGAUGGACCGCGUUACAACUGUGUGACUUGCACUGCUGCUCAACCUUCCUCUGGUCAGACCUACGUAACGGACGGUUACCUUGCUAGCCAUGGUGCCUCUGGUUCUGGUGCAACUAUUUAUCAAGGUACCACUGGGUACACGAGUAACGUAACUUUGGCUGGAAGCUACGUACCUUCUGCUGGAGGUCCAACCUACCACGUGUCGCCUUCUGAUUACGGAUUUUCUGGAGGAGCUGACAGUGGUGCUAUCAUUACAGGACAUAAUGUCCAGGGAUCAAUUGUCACUGGAAGCUCUUCUCCAGGAACUCUUGUUACUUAUAGCCAGACACCUGGUGCUGUCCUAUCAGGAUCUUCCGAGCAAGGAACCAUAGUAACCGGAGGCAGUUAUCCAGGAUACACUCAAACUGGCGCAGGUACACCUGGAUACGUAAUCAGUGGAGGUGUCAAAACUGUAUAUCCUGGCUCAGCUAGUCCUGGAACUAUAAUACAUGGAGCACCUACACCAGGUGUCCUAAUAACUGGCCCACCUGAUGCUGGAACUAUUAUAAAAGGACAGCCAAGUCCUGGCGUCGUCCUAACAGGACAAACAGCACCUGGGGUGUCACUUGGUGGUGCAGUCGAACAUGGAACAGUCAUUGGCAACCAAGUAUACACUCAAACAGGUUACACGACUCAACAUGGAGGUACUGGUACAGGUGGCGUCUAUGGAACGAAAACUGGAAGCGUGCCAUCAACAUAUGACACCGGUUACAAGACAAACGAAUACCAUGAUAAUGGAGGACGUGGUACUAUUAGGUUCAAUAAUGGCGAUGUAACUACCAAGUACACUGAGAACGACAUUCCGGACUACAGACCAGCCGGGGGCACUAUACCUCCUGACACUCUUCUUAGUGGAGGUGUUUCAGGGACAUCAACACCAAGUGGAUUCACAAAAACUGGAAUCACCAAGACAGGCUUCACCACAGCCACAUUAGGAGGAGGAGGUAGUUACGUGAUUGGCACUCAAUCAAGACCUACACCUAAACCUGAGAAUAUAGGUGAGAAGGCUUUCGAGGGUAACGUGGCAGGAUACACCAAGUCGUCGACUGAAAGUAGCAUCAGGGGCUAUCCAUAUACCCCUUCGACUCAGUAUCAAAGUGCUGGUCACGAUGAUACCUCCAGGAUCACUUUGGGUCCAUCAAAAUUCACUGGUUACUCCUAUCCUAGACCAAAUGUUCCAUUCGUAACUGGAGUUACAUCCUCUCCAACUGGAUCAGUUUCUCCCACAGAGGGCAAUGUGCUCACAGCAACAACUCCGACACCAUUCUUGAAUGUAGAGGUGUAUAAUAGCCCCAAGUUUGGUACUUCUACACCUGGUUCACCUGCAGUUGUGAAGACCUAUCAAAGACCUUCAGGCUUCGUCCAUGUCACUUCACCAGCCACACCGAUUUACACAACAGGACCACUUGAGAAUUACAAAACGACUAUUUUCGAAGCUGCCAAGGUUCCUAUUGUUGCAUCUACAGUUAGGCCUGUGAUCGAUAAUGGUUAUAAGACCAUAAUAUCUUCAACUCCCAUACCAGUGACCUUAACUCACGAUCAGUUUGGUGGAAAUAUUCAAACUGGAUCUGGGUAUGAUCAAACCCAGAUUGGAUUUGGAACAAAGUCUCAGCAGGCUGGAUAUGGACAGAAGGAUUAUAUUUCUGGUACGACACCUUCUUCAGUGUUUGAAGUCCCAUCGAACACACGCCCCCAGAUUAACUAUGGGUCACCUGGUUCUGCAUACUUUGGUUCAACCUCGAAGAAUGCCUUUGAACAGCAGUACGUGACACCUUCCAGUAUUUCAGAAUCAUUGAAACCACAGACUCAGUAUAUUCCAAGCAGUACUCUUUCACCAGCUAUUGGUGUAACCUACAGAAAACCAUUCACUUUGCCUAAUCUCACACCUACACCAUCUCCUGAUUCAUACCCCAGCUCUGGACCAGGAUCCAUCAGUGGUGGAUCCCCAACGAACAUAAAUAUUCCUAGAGACGAAGUUGGAAAAUUGAUCACCAACUACAACAGAGGAACGACCAAAUACGUCCCAAGUGAAUAUGACGUCUACUCUCCUGGAUCAUUCGGUGGAUCAUCUUCGUCAUCCAACUUCGGACAGGGAUAUGGCUCAACACCGUCAAUUCAUAAAACACAGUUCCCUGUUGGAACUUUCUCUGGAGGUUACUCGAAACCCUCUUCCAUUAGCAGCUAUCAAUCCACUGCCAAAUCGACAGCUGUAGGUAAAGGAAAGGUGAUCGUCAAGUGGAGUGACCUUCAUCCACUACUUCUGGGCAAACUAGGAGCAGAAUGCACCUGUAGAGGUGAUCCUUUCGCCAAUCUUCGUGGUCCAGGUUCCAGACUGAUCAACUCCUCCAAAGGCAAAGUGGAUCUGUCCAGUUACGAUGAGUCUGAGAUCUAUGUAGACCUUGAAAAGGAGGGUUCCUAUGAAAAGAACGACUAUGUAACCAACUAUGACGGUCCAGUUAAGAUUUGGAACGAUGAAUUAGCUCAAGUCCAAGAGAAACCAUCAUCCACUUAUCUACCCAGUGUUACUCCUUCAGCGAACCUGGGUGCUCCUUCUCAAAAUUUGAUCAGUGGCUCGUCGAGUCGUGGUUUCACUGCCAAUUUUAGAUCCGGAAAGAGUCUGAGUAAUUUUGAUUCCUCCUCUAAGUUAACCGGAAACAAAGGACAGUCUUUGGAUCAGCAGGAACCUGUGGCAUUCGGUGACUCGGAGGAAAUUAUAGAUGGUGCCACUAACUGUGCCAGACCCGGUCUCUUCCGGCAUCCUAAUUUCUGUAACAAGUUCUAUGCUUGCCAUUGGGACGAGUGGAAGAAGAAAUUCACCCUUCACACGUUCAACUGCCCGGUGCAUUUAACCUUCGACAACGGCGCGAACGCCUGCAAUUGGCCCAGCAUGGGGCCUGCCUGUCAGGACGAUAAUUUGUUAGUUUAAACGGUUCACUGUCGACCUUGAACGCGAUGGUGCACUCUCGUGACACCUCUUCUUCGUUCAGAUAUUCAGGGCACGAGUACAGUUUGAAUGCAAAAUGCAGUAUCAAAGAGUUUGGUGUAAACCUGUUAUUGGCAGCAAUCGAUUUUAUCAAUUGGUAUUUCCAGCUUAUUUUAAUUAAAUUCUUACUCAUCUGUUAAAUUUUGAAGUCAGGUCAAAGUUUCCAUUCAAAACUUAUCUUGGUGAAUUUUAUUUAAUUAUCUUGGUACAGUAGCUUUGAUUGAUGGCAAUUUUUCAAAAUUUUGAAAUAGAGGAGGUAUCGGUCUUCAGAUUCUUUAUAUAUACAUUCUGUAACAAGGAACAAAAGGCCAUGAGGUAAUAUUUAAUUAUAACGAGGUAACGGUUUAUACUGAAUUUCUUUGCAUACCAUUGGAACCUUCACCUGAACAGGCGUAACAGAGAAUGCUUUCUCGAGGUAACGAGGAUCGAGACAAAGAAGAAGAAAGAUCCAAGGCGAUCGAGGUGCCACCACGCGAAAGCACACUGUAUGUCCAGAGUGAAAGUCAAACUGUACUCGACGAUCCAAAUCGCGAGUGAAGUCGAUUAAAUAUCGUCGAGAAUCAUUGUAAAUAACGUCCCCUGUUCCUCGAAAUUUGUAAAUAACCACGCGUUAUGUAUAUCCUAAAGCUAACAAAAAAUGAAAUUGGGAAAGUGGAUCCGGAAGUGUUUGACCCUUGAACGGCGGACCAUGGAGAGAGCCCCAAUUUUAAUUUAAUUUUGUAUCUGAUAUUAUCUCGUGCACCCCCAGAUUCGUUAAUUCUUCUACCUUGAUUUCUGAUACUUUCCAUUCAAAAAUGGAAGUUUAUUUUAAUAUUUCUAUUUUUUAUGCGUUACUUAAGCUUGCCUUGAUUCUGUGUUCAUCUCGUUCCUAUAUUUCCCCCACUCUCUCUCUCUCUCUCUCUCGCUUCUUCUUGAAUGCAAUUAUUAUUUAUUUACAGCUUAUUAUUUGUAGGUGUUAAGGAUACGAUAAAGAUCUAUUGAUCUACUAGAAUCGACAAGGAUUUCUGUUUGCACAAUUCUGAAUCGAAGCUUCGAUAAUCAGUGCCAUUUUAUCGUGGUUAUCUAAUUAAUAUGUAAUAUGUACGAAUAUAGAAUAAAAUAGUAAGACGUGUCAAUUUCA